AAAGUUUCCAUUUUCGAUUAGUUCAUGAAAUUGUUUUUACAGCAUUAUCAGACAGUACAGACAAAAACGACAAGCAGAUUCUGAGUGUGGUAGACUUUGGAGGACAAUGUGCCUACUACGCCAGUCAUCAGGUGUAUCUCAGCAGAAGGGCUUUCUAUCUACUGGUGAUAGACAUGUCAAAAUUUUUUACAGAAAAAGUUGACGAAAAUAAAUGUGAGCAACAAGGAACAAUGUUUGCAGACUGGACAUAUGGAGAGUAUGUUUUAUUUUGGCUGAAAUCUAUUCACACGUACUGUGCUGAGGACACAUCCGUCAUCAUUGUAGCCACACACAGUGAAAAUGCUACACAGAAGGAAAAAGACGGAUUUUAUGGACAGCUCUUGGAUUUGCUACCUCGAGAUUCGAAUCUUAAGAAACAUUUAAAAUAUGAGAGGUGUUUCUUUGUCAGCUUUCCUUGUGACGAAGGUGAAAAUUUGGAAGUUUUAUCUGAAUUAGAAAACUGCAUUGCUUCUAUUGCCAAAGACAGAAGAUGGAAAGAAAAUAUUCCUAAAGAAUGGUCUAUAAUUGAACUGGCUCUAAUCACAAUGAGAGGUUCAGAAAAAACCGUUUCUAUCGAAGAACUCAAAGAGAAAUACUGGAACGCUAAGAAAAAUGAAAGUUUAAAAAUGGAGGAUGCACUAUGCUUUUUCCACGAUAUUGGAUUGAUUCUUCACUUUCAGGAGGAGAACCUUUCAAAUACUAUAAUUGUUGACGUCCAAUGGUUUGUUGAUACAUUUAAAUUCAUAAUAUCAGACAAAAAUCAUGUCCGAGACUUAGCAGAAACUGACAGAGACUGGCAGUACUUCCACAGGACUGGGUAUCUAAUGGACAAUUUCCUUAGUCGAAUUUGGGAGAGCUUAUCCAUAGACUUUUGGGAAAGGCCGACCAUUUUGCAAUAUAUGCAAAGACUAGGAUUACUGGCGAUGGGGGAAGUAAAACACUACGUCCCAUGUAUGAACAAAAGAGACUUCGGUAGAAAGGAACAGAUAGCCUUACGAGGAAUGGAAACAAAGUCAUCUGUAUUGGUGCUUCAUUUCCAGUUUUUACCGUUCUUUUUUUACUGCCGAUUGAUAGUUGCCUGCAUUGUGGGAACAGAGUGGGAGGUGGUAGAAGAUGAAAGUAUACCAGGCUUGUAUAAAAACAUAGCGAUUUUUGUAUACAAAGACCACCUAAUUGCCUUGGUAGUGACGCAAACUGCAAUUCAAGUCCAGAUUUUGAGACCACAAAACGCACCUAUUGAUGCUAAUAUUGCCGGAAAUAUUAAGGAGACUCUUGAAAAUAGACUUGGAUACUUAACAACCACAUUUCACAAAAAAGUUGCAUAUAGGGUUGCAUUUCAGUGUUCACAUCAAGAUGUUCUUUGCGAUAAUGUGGGGUGCUAUGUAUAUGAAGACGAAAUAUCUGGGAAAGGUCAAAUAUUAUGUCCAAGACAUGGAUUUACAGGAAAACAUAUGAUAAACGAAAACGCUCUGACAAAAUUCUGGAGAAUCGACGCGCCAUCUGUUUCCUGUGCUAAAUCUGCAAAAGGUAAGCAACUCAUCUACCGUAAAUUUGGAAAUUUUUUCGUCGAUUUUAUUUUGCGAAUCUGGUUCCAUUGGCCAAUGAGGAGAAGCUUACAAAGCUUAUAA